AUGAGGCAGUGAGUCUGUGGAAUCAAGAAAGACACACACCAGAAAGAGCCGGAGAGUCUACAGAUUCAGUGAGAUUAUGAAGCUGAAACUGGAACUUGAUAUCACAUAAAUUAUUGGCUCGCUAAAGUGAGAAUUUCCGUUUUAGAGAUGAGCGGCUUCCUGGAAGACCUCACUAAAAGUCACAAGGAGAAAUUGAAAAAGUUCAAGGAAAAUGUUGCCGAUAUCUUGAAACCAGAGCAUAAUGAUGUAUUAUUACUGCGAUUCUUACGGGCAAGGAAAUUUGACCUUAAUAAGACCGAGGUGAUGUUCAGAAACGAUGUUACUUGGAGAAAAGAGAACAACAUCGACACCAUUUUGGAAACGUUCGAGGUCCCUGAGGCCUUGAAAACAUACUGGUGUGGAGGAGUAUCUGGAUUGGACAAAGAGGGUCAUGGUGUUUAUAUAUCACCAAUGGGUAACUUCGAUCCUAAAGGAGUGCUAUAUUCAGCCAAGACCAGUGAUAUCCUCAAGACCUAUGCUCAUUCACUUGAGGACCUGAUGCAAAGUCAUGCGCGUCUUUCAGAACAGAGAGGAUUGAAGCAUACUGAGGGAUCUUUGAUGAUCUUUGACAUGGAGAACCUUGGAGUACAUCAUCUAUGGAAACCUGGUAUUGAUAUUUUCCUCAAGGUGACUAUCUUCAUUUAUGGCUGUCCUAGCUGA